GUACACUUGAUACUCAAUGAAUCAAACGCUGAUCCGGACUCCAAGGAUAUUAACGGCCACACACCGUUAUCACGUGCAGCAGCUAAUGGAAAUACAUCUAUAGUGCAGUUGUUUCUCGAUGUUGGCGGCGUUAACCCUGACUCGAGGGACAUUAAUGGUAUUACUCCACUAGCAUUCGCCGCUGCUAACGGCUAUCAAGAGGUGGUGCAAUUGCUGGUGCAAAAUUCCGGCGUUGAUCCUGACUCCAGAGAUAGAAAUGGAAUUACGCCAUUAUCACGGGCUGCUGCCAGAGGGCAAGUAGCCGCCGUGAAGAUGCUUCUUGAUCUUGAGGAUGUG